AUGGUGGUGAAUGUAAGCACCAGUGUGUCGCCUUGGCGAUGCGAUGCCUCGGCGGCAGAUGAUGUCCAUCCUCACUCUGCCACUGCAGCGUUCCAGCAGCAGCACAUGCCGGACCCGCGUUACUCGAGGGAGAUUUUCGAGACUUGCUCCAUCCCAGUCAAGAUCGGAAAUCCUCCCCUAGCUCCCAAGCCCGCGUUCGCAACCACGAUGUCGAAGAAAAAGUUGUCUGGCAAACAAAUUGCCUCCUCUGACUCUUCCGGUCGCAAGAAGAGCCGUAGAGACCGUCUCUCUGCGCUGUUUGGCCACAGCCCCGAGCGGGUUGACGAUGCCGCUGACGACAAGACCGCCCCCCAUGACGAAGCCACGCCUACCAAGGCCACCGCAAGCAACCGACGUGAGAAUGAAAAUCAUCUUCAGAACUCUGCCGCUAACCUCGAGGAUGAUCCCAAGGAGAAUGGUACUCGCGACUCUGUCGUCACCAUUGUUACGACUCGUUCUGUGACUACCGAAGACAAGGAUGCGCAUGAGUCUGGCGCCGCGGCUUCGGCGGACAAGAUUGACACCAUCGAUUUCGCCGAUAAGAAUCAGAUCCGAGGUAAGACCCUCGAAGUGAAGCCUUGUACUAAACUGACUAUCGACGAAGCAAUUUCGAACCCGUCUCCGAGUCGCAUGACUAAGUUGCCUAUCCAUCGCCACAAGAGAGCUUCCAGCUCUUUCAAGAUUGUCGACAGGGACUCUGCUGACGCUGUGCUCCUCUCUGCUUUUUCUUACAAUCCAUCCCCGGAGAAGAAGAACAGUGCUGUUGCGAAGCCAAGCACUCAGGCGCCUUCUUCUACUCAGCUUGCCCAGCAUAACCAGCGCCAUGAUCAGGAGGCUCCUUUGCUGCCAUCGUCUACAUACUCCGGCCCUACCAUCCACAAUAGUGAACCUCAGAACAAGCACAGUCAGAGCAAGCUCAAAGGCAACUCUCAUGCCAAUCAUGACUGCGCUCUCUCUUCUUACACAGAGCCCGGUUCUGCGAUCAAGAUCACCGACACCGACGAGGAGAUUGCUAGAAAGCUCGAAGCUACGGCUUUCACUCCUGCUGCAGUGGCCCCUCCUCCUAAUCCCCUUCUCAGCGCGCUGAAGACUUACGUCUCCGAUAAGUCUCCAGGUGAGAAGAAGGUCCGCUUCGCCGCGGGCUCUUCCGUCAAGUCUGGCGAUAGCGACAAUGAGAGCGGAGUUUCGGACGAUUCGGACAAGACCAUCAAGCCUGGUACUGGAGGCAUGAAAGCGGCCUCAAAUUCUAUUCUCUCGCCUACAGUCUGGGACAAGAGUGCUGAGCCCAAGAUCUGGGUCAAGAACGGCAAGACCACCCUCUUCCAGCCUCAGAAAGAUCCCGGCUACUACACCAACCCGCUUUGGUCCCGCCAGUAUCCCGAGAUUCUCUCAGAUGACCCCCGAGUUAACCCCUAUGGUCCGAGCAUCGCCGGAAGCACCACGUCCACGGAUGGAAGCCAGUAUUCUGACGCACCCGCAGCCCGCGCCGUCACCGACUUCGAAGUGGGUAACAAGCUCCACUCCAAUGGCGAAUCCAGCACCAACGUGAACUUCGGCACGGGUGCUGCGCCUGCUCGCACUCUCUUCACUAGAACCACUCGAGGCACUAUGCCUUCGCCCCCGGGUGCCAACCAGAACUUCGUCGGCCGUGACUUCCCCGAAAUUCCUACUGUCCCCGCUGGAUUCGGCAUGCCACCUCUUUAUAGAGGCCAGAUCAAGUUGGAGAUUGGUGGCCGCCGCUUCGUCAGCUCUAUGGAUGUUCUCGAGAGAAGCCCCUGGUUCAAAUAUAUCUUCUCCAUCAACUUCCGCGAUUGGUACCGCGAUGGCGUCUUCCACUUCGACAACGAUGGAGAUCUCUUUGCUCACAUUCUGCGCUUCCUUCGCACCGGCAUGUAUCCACUCUUCUGGGAUGCGCGCAACGGCUUCGACUAUGCCAUGUAUGCGAUGAUCCAGCAGCAAGCUCGCUACUACAUGCUGUACGACCUCGAGGCUUGGAUUGCGCAGCAGAAGUACCAGGAUGUGGUGGAGACCCAGGUCAUUCACCAGAAGUUCAUCAUCCCGAACUCUCAGGGCUGGAUUCACGAGCAGAGUCUCACGGGUCUUGACACCUCCGAGAUCUCUGGCGUAGCUGAACACCCCAAUGUGGCCCUCGGUCGCCAGUCUGAGAGCCAGGCACCUGUUGCGGACAUGUUCUUUUCUGAUAACGGAGUCAACUCGAAGGGGAAGGCCAAGGCAAUCGCGCCUCAGCAGGACGGCCCUGAUGGUGCCGUGGCGCUGUUCACCACCGAGAAGGUUGUCAAGGUUCACAUGAACCAACUCCGCCCUUUAUAA